AUGAAAGUCAGGAUCAAGUCCUUCCAUCCGGUGGCACACUGGAAAUGGAAUCUUGAGAACUCGAAACCGAUUGAUCCAAACCACGAGCCAGAAACCUUACCGGCGAUAUCGAACACGCCCGGUAGCACCACGACUACCGAUAACUUGAUAGGAGUAGCAGCAAACCCAAUCAUCAACGAUGAGGACGAUGAAGACCUUUGUGGGAUCUGUCGGGUGGCUUUCGAAGUUUGUUGUCCUGAUUGUAAAGUGCCUGGUGAUGAUUGUCCACUCAUUUGGGGCGAGUGUACUCAUAUCUUCCACAUGCACUGUCUACUGAAAUGGAUCGGCCAGGAGUCCAGUAAACAGUCAUGUCCGAUGGAUCGUCGGCCGUGGGUUACUGCUGGUGGGCAUGCUGGGCCUUAG